UAAAACUCUAUAAUGAACAUCAUUUAUAUCCACAGGAUUCAUGGUAUUACGAUGCACAUGAAGAAUUAUUUCAAUGUAGCGAUGAAGAUGAUAGCGAUAACGAAGAUAUUCACGAAGAAGUCAACUCUGAAGAUAUCAAUAGUGAAAAUAUUGGUUUUAGUAGAUUAACAGAAAUGAUGCAAAAUGAAGAUAAUAAUGAGACUAUUAAUGCUCAAGUAGUUGUAAGUAAAGCUGAAAUUUUACUUGCAGUUUUGAAGUAUGGGCUUACGUAUUGUUUAUCACAAAGUGCAUUAGCUGAUCUUUUUAAAAUGUUAAAUUGUUUUUUUAAUUUUUCUUUAUUACCUAGUACGCGCUAUCUUGUUGAUCAAAUGUUCAAUCCAGAAACAGUCAUAGAAUAUCAUGCAGUUUGUCCAAAUUGCAAAAAAUAUGUAGCAAUGUUUGAUCGCAAAGAUCAUCGCGUUGAAUGUCAAACAUGCGAUACUGUAAUUGCAUUGAAAGAUACAACAUAUAAUGACUUUUUUGCUAUUAUUAAUGUAAAUAACGAAAUUGCAAAUUUAAUUCAAGAUAAUCAAAAAUAUUAUGAUUAUGUAGUGCGCGAAAAAGUGCGAAAUAAUGAAAAUUCGAUG